GCAUAGGAAGUUUUGAGACCAUCCCUAAACCAAUUCAGUAUUUGAUCAAGAAAAAGUUAUGAGUGGCAUAGGGCUACAAGUGACGGCUAGCAUUGCUGAUAGAUGGAGAGAACUGAGUGGUGAGAAGAGCUGGAAUGGCUUGUUGAAUCCUCUAGACAUUGAUCUCCGCCGCUCUAUUAUUAACUAUGGCGAUAGGGCAACAGCUAUUGGGAAUGCCUUUAACAAAACGAGUCUAAGAUCAGCAAACUGUUGUGGAUUUAGCCGCUAUGCACCAAGAGAUUUCUUCUCCAAAACGGGCAUACAAACUCGCAAUCCAUACAAGUAUCAAGUGACAGACUUCAUUUAUGGAGAAGUGGAUGCCAAAAUACUACUUUUGGAUGACAGCGAAUCCACCUGGAGUGCCUAUGUAGCUGUGGCAACAAAUGAAGGAAAGGCUCUUUUGGGAAGGAGAGAUAUCGUGGUUUCUUGGAGAGGAACUUCGUUGUCGGUUGAAUGGUUGAAAGACUUUGAUGCUGAGCUAAUAUCUGUGCCAGAGAUAUUCGGAAACGAUGUAGCUAAGAUGCACAAGGGCUUUCACUCCCUCUACACGGCCAAAGAUGACAAGUCUACUUACAGCAAGACUAGUGCUAGAGACCAGGCUCUGGCUGCUGUGAGCAAACUCGUUGACCAAUACAAGGAUGAAGAAAUAAGCAUAACAGUAACAGGCCAUAGCUUGGGAGCAGCAAUUGCAACGUUGAACGCAUUAGACAUAGUCGUUAAAGGCUAUAACAAGACCACAGGUGAGCAAAACAAGGCAUUUCCUGUCACAGCCAUUGUAUUUGCUAGCCCCCGCGUUGGAGAUGCAAAUUUCAAAAAGUUAUGCGAAGGACUUGAAGAUCUGCAUGUCUUGCGGGUUACAAAUGAAAAGGACAUCGUUCCUAACCUUCCUCUCGACAUACCACCUUCUUUUAGCUUUAAACAUGUGGGAGAAGAAUUGCGAAUCGACACUCGAAAGUCACCUUAUGUAAAGAGUAUGGAUGAUUUGGGUGAUUUUCAUAACUUGGAACUUUACAUCCAUGGAGUAGCAGGAACUCAAGGGAGUGAAGGGGGAUUUAAUUUGGAAGUUGAUCGUGAUAUUGCCCUUGUGAAUAAAGAUCUGGAUGGACUGAAGGAUGAAUACAAUAUACCAGCUGGAUGGUGGGGCAUUGAGGACAAUAAGGGCAUGGUCCUCGGCGAUGAUGGAAGAUGGAAGUUACUAUCUUCUGCGUGAGAUACUGUCUAUGCAUGAUAAUUAUGGUAAUGAAAUAAAUUAUUGUGAUGUCGAGGCUACAUCUUUUAGGUAAUGCAUUCUUCUAGAGUCCAUCUGGUUGUGAUGUUGCUUCUGUGUAUGGCCAUAUUAGCAUCAUUUAUCCACUCCAAUAAACCCUUCAGAUGUCUGAUUAUAUACCCAUCAAUAGUUUUGAUUACGUAACA